AUGGAUGAAGUAAUGGGAUACGAGGAUUUUAAAGCCGAAUUAAAAAUAUACAUCUUAAACCUUGCUGAGUAUAUUAAAAAUGGUAUCUAUGAAUUGCCCGACAAUAUGAAAACUGUUUUUGUAUUGUUAGGAAAACCAGGAACAGGAAAGAGAGGACGGAAAGACAGUGAAAUAUUGGAGGGAACCACGCCCGCAGUUAAGGGGGCAUUUCCCGGGCGUCUAUGUCAAGGAUUUAGUGUGGGAAAGAUGAGAAUGCCGAUUGUUCUUUUGGAUGAGUUUGAAAAGAUUGCGGGCGAGGGACUUGCGAUGAUGAUGGGGAAUGUUUUAGAUAUCAAAAAAACGACUGCCAAUUAUGCCGACCAAGUUCCCGAUUUCGUUCAAGAUAGAGCCAAGUUUGUUAAUAUCCCGUUGUAUGCCUACGCCCAGCGGUUAAAGUAUGUAAAGGGGAUGUUAACAGGACAAUUAAGCAAAGACCCAUUAACAAGCGAAUAUGCGGGACAAAAGUUAGCAGAAAGAAUAAGAAUUGAUGACGACGAAUUAUAUGACCUAUUAACGGACGGAGGAGACCGCGAAUAUGAACGCGACGAGGAGGAGGAAAUAAUUGAGUUUUCCAGGGCGGAAUAUGAACCCGAGACGAAAACAGGCAAACCAUCCACCACAAAACCUAACCCUGACAAAGGAAAAGGUAAAGUGAAGCAUUAUCAAGAAAAGCCCGAAAGAACAGAGGAAAAACCCGACCCCGAAAAAGAAAAGAUAUUAAAAGACUAUCGAGCCGAUUUAAAGAAGUUAGGCAAGAACACCAAGCCCGAGGAAUUUAUUAAUUCAGUUCAUAAUCACAUUUACCCCGAGGAGUUGGAACAGUUGGAACAAUUGGCAACCAAAAAAGACGGAUUGGGAAGCAACCAAGUUCAAAAAACUUAUGACCUUGGCAGAACCGAUUUAGCGGUAUUAUGA